AAUAUAUAGGUAUAUAAAAUAGGCAUACAAAUCAAACAUUUACUGAAAUAAAUCACUAUAUAUGUGUAAAGAACACUGUAUUAAGUUCAAAGAGGGAGGGGAGGGAAUUGAAAGAAAGUGCAAAAUUUAUUUUAAACAACUCAACAGAAAUGUCAAAGUCCCCAGAGUCGAACUGAUUGCUACUCUAAAAAUUUAGUGUUUUUGUUUGCUAGUUUUUUUUUUUUCCUUAAAUGUUGAAUUCAGAAGGCCUGGAGUUGAAUCUGCCUUUUACACUAGCUACUUGAUAUAUACCAGUCUUUUCAUCUCUGCAAGCCUCAAUUUUAUCAUCUGUAAUAUGGGAGUGAUAUUUGCACUCCCUACCUCGCGUGGUUUUUGUGAAUAAAGUGCCUUGUGAAUCUGACUGCUGUUUAAAUGAAGUUUUUUCCCCCUUUUUCUGUCAGGUUCUCUAAUUUUAAGUCCGUGUACGUUGAUGGGAUCAAGGUGAUCAGUGGCAGACAACUAUUUGAAGAUUGGAGUUUCAAAUGAAGAUAUAAGUGAGCGUUUCAAAAGUCUAGCUUGCAGCUGACACUUAAAGAGAUCAGUUAGAAAUUUAGACGCCCAAUCACUUUCCUCCUCCCAAUCCCCAGGCCCCUGGAAACUUGGAGGAGGAGGCGGAAAAGUCUCACCUUCUUUUGAAACUACUUGCAGAUGUGAGUACAAUUUCGCAGUUGCUCACAACGGAGGUUUUGAGACUUCCUUGGCUAUUUCCCCCCAAUUUCCCCAACGUAUGGUUGUCUUUAGGCUGAUCCGCUGAAUUGUGUGUGGUUCUUACCACUCUGAUCUUUUGCCGCUCGGUUUAAUUCAUUCACCUCUCUCCCGCACACUCAAAUUGAUAUCCUUCCUGCUUCCAAAUAAUCCCGCGUGGGGUCUGCCAAUAUUAGAGAAACUUUGCUUCUAAGACAAACCCAGAAAUGCCUUUUUUCUUUCACCCACGUGAGAAAUGAGGAAAGCCAACUGCAUGAUCUUGAUAUUUCCUCCCGCUGCUGCAAUCUGGAGUAUGAUUUUCAUUUUUUUUCUUUUUUUUUUUUACUUUCAGUUUUGAGGUUCGUAAUUUUUUUUUUUUUUUUAAUAGCAAGCAAGUUGGAAGAUCAAUGGACUCUUUCCUUAAAUAAACCGCUGAGACUGGAACAUUUUCUCUUCUCCCUCUUCUUUCCCUCCCUCUCCGCCCCCCCCCCCCCCAACCCCGGGUGCUAACAUUAACCAGCAGCGUAGGAAAAGAAACACAUUGCCUGUUUAUUUGGGGGGGAGGGGAGCGUGCGAUUUGUAGCUAAGUUAUUACGCUUCUCUUUCCCCCGCCCCUCAGGUCUUUGGCACUCUAGACUGUUACAUACCUAAUCUUUGCACUGGUGAGCACAGACUUCAGUCAUCUUUAAUCUCCACUAAAAUAUAAAUGGAGAUAAAUGUCACUGUGGGAGUGUGUGGAUCUGUGUGUUUGCCCAAGUCUAUCAAAGGAGCCAGAUCGGAGGCUGGAGCCCGGAUCCUGACCCUGAUUGUAUGAAUAAGUAAGCAGGAUGCUAGUGAUUGGGUUAGAUGCUUUUAAGAUUUUUUUUUUUUUUUUUUGGUUAGGAAGAGGGGAAAAUAACUUAAGGAAAAGACAGCCACCUCUACUUCACGUCCAUCCCUCCCCCCCACUCCCCAGUUUCUCAGCAGAAUUGCUCCUCUUCGCUGCAGGACUUUUAGAUCUCCUUGGCGUAGAAAUUACUCUCCCCUCUCUUUUUGUCUCCCCUUUCAGUUCAGAUGUGCUGAUGUGCAGACCGGAUUCAUCUUCCAGGAGCAGAAGUAGCAGCAGGAGCAAGAGGGGGCGGCUGCAGCAGCUCCUGGUAGAAGGGAUCAGCCCCGGAGCCUUGGCAGAAGGAUCUACGAGUAGGAGUCGGAGCCGCACCGAACCCCCGGGGGCAUCGCCUUCCUCUAGGAGAGGCGGGAGGAGGAGGAGAAGCGGCCGCGCGAAGUUUGGCUGAGGGUUAACCCGGCUGGGAGACGUUCUGACAGGCUGCAAUCGCGGGGCGCUGCGAGGACCUGAGUUGGACUAGGACCGCCUCCUCUCCUCCUCUCCCAGCCAGUUCUUCCCGCACCUCCCCAUCCACCUCCCUCCCUACCUGCCUGGCCACCCACACACGAGCUCCUUCCCAACUUCUUUUCAAAAGCGGGGUGGGGGGCGCACACAGAUAGCCCUUCUCCGUUCCCUGAUGUUUUCACUGUCUCCGCAUGUCUCGGGACACCUAGCAGUCACAGUCACGCCAAGGAGCCUCUAGGUGGAGAGGAGAAAUUGUCCUCCCCGCCCCUUUCAAUCAACGUGGAUAGUAGGCGGCUGAUCGCCUGAGUCCCUCUCCUCUUUUUUUUUUUUUUUUCUUCCCCCUCCCCGUGAGGAGGAUGGGGAUGGAAAUGCUAUCCCAGAGGAUGGUCUUGUGGAUGAUGGCCUCGGGAUUGAUCUUCAGUGGGGAGAUGUGGAUCUCCUCUGGCUUCGAUUAUGAUUACACUUACGCUUUUCACGAAGAGGAUAAAACCGAGACGCUAGAUUAUAAGGAUCCUUGUAAAGCUGCUGUCUUUUGGGGAGAUAUUGCUUUAGACGAUGAAGACUUAAGAAUCUUUCCAAUUGAUAGGACAAUUGACCUCACUCAGAACUCAUUUGAAAAACUUGGACAUAUCACAGGUGGCCUGGGAGACCAUGGUGUGUCAAAGAAAAGAGGGGUUCUGUAUCAGCUCAUAGACAGGAUAAGAAGAUUUGGCUCUGGCUUAGAACAAAACAACACAGCCAAGGGAAAAGCAUCUGUGAAAUUCUCAGGACAAAAUGAAAAAAAUAGGGUUCCCAGGGCUGCUACAUCAAGAACUGAAAGAAUAUGGCCUGGGGGUGUCAUUCCAUACCUGAUAGGAGGCAAUUUCACUGGCAGCCAGCGAGCCAUGUUCAAGCAGGCAAUGAGGCACUGGGAGAAGCACACAUGUGUAACUUUCAUCGAAAGAAGUGAUGAAGAAAGCUAUAUUGUAUUUACAUAUAGACCUUGUGGAUGCUGUUCUUAUGUGGGUCGAAGAGGCAAUGGACCUCAGGCUAUCUCUAUUGGCAAGAAUUGUGAUAAAUUUGGAAUUGUUGUCCAUGAAUUGGGCCAUGUGAUAGGUUUCUGGCAUGAACAUACACGACCAGACCGAGAUAAGCAUGUAACCAUCAUCAGAGAGAACAUCCAGCCAGGUCAAGAGUACAACUUCCUGAAGAUGGAGCCUGGAGAAGUGAACUCCCUUGGUGAAUCAUAUGAUUUUGACAGUAUUAUGCACUAUGCCAGGAACACCUUCUCAAGGGGGAUGUUUCUAGAUACUAUUCUUCCUUCUCGUGAUGACAAUGGUAUACGUCCUGCAAUUGGUCAACGUACACGCUUGAGCAAAGGAGAUAUUGCACAGGCAAGAAAGCUGUAUAGAUGUCCAGCAUGUGGAGAAACACUUCAGGAGUCUACUGGCAACUUUUCUUCUCCGGGAUUUCCAAAUGGCUAUCCUUCCUAUACUCACUGUAUAUGGAGAAUUUCUGUGACUCCAGGGGAAAAGUCUCUACAGUCUAGCACAGUUCCUGAGGGACAAUAG